AUGGGUUUGGAAUAUAACGCCGAUGGCACCCCCUACGUCUUGUGGGGUGGGCACCGAAUAGAGCUAGAGAGAGAUCCUCUGACGGAAAAGUGUUACACAGAAAAAGCAGAAAAGGAACUCAGGGAGACGCCCGAGAAUGUAGAGAAGGCUCUGAAGGAGCUGAGAGAACUGUUAAAAGGAGAAUCAAACCUUGUUAUACCAAUAGAGGAUGACGCAUUUUUAAUGAAGUUCUUAAGGCCAUGCAAGUUCUACGCCGAGAGUGCAUUUAAACGGAUACAAGCGUACUACAAAUUCCGCUUGUCACACGCCGAAAACUGUCGAGAUCUUUGUCCUAGUGCAGUCAGAGCGGCUUUCAAGCAUUCCAUCGUGUCUAUACUCUCGCCUAGAGACCAGCAUGGACGUCGCAUUAUGGUAGUGGAAUCUGGAGAACGUUGGAAGCCUCGCGAUGUUCCAUUAUCAGAGGUCUUCAGAGGAGUGCAGUUGGGUCUGGAGUCUGCCAUGGAAGAACCACGCACCCAAGUGUGCGGUGUGAACGUAGUUUUAGAUAUGAACGGAUUAUCCUUUACGCAAAUCAUGCAAUUUACUCCAUCUUUUGCCAAGAUGGUUGUAGACUGGAUUCAGGAUUGCAUACCCAUUCGUCUGAAAGGAGUACACAUUGUGAACCAGCCCUUUAUAUUCAACGUGUUAUUUGCAAUUUUCAAACCGUUUUUGCGGGAAAAGCUACGUUCACGAAUACAUUUUCACGGUUUCGAUAAAAGUUCUCUAUUAAAACACAUAGAUGGCGUGGCUUUGAUGAAGCGGCUUGGAGGAAACCUACCUGAUGACGAAAUUACUGGAGAUAUGAUGUGGAACAUGCUGUAUUAUUAUGAGGAUGCUUUUAAAGUUAAAAAUGCGGAAGGAUACAUCAACAAUAAAAAUAACAACAAAUGA